AUGAUAUCAAGAAAUUUUUUUUUCUGGCUAAUAUAUAUAUUAGUUUCACCAUCUCUCUUUGUCUGUGCCCAUAAACCAUUGAGUUCUAAUCAGCUUAAAAUAAUAAGCAAAAAAUUAAACAUCUUGAAGGAUUCUUCAUUAAGUUAUCGAAACAGUGAUUUUAAUUCAUCAAAAAUUAAUGGGGUAUCCAUUGGUGGAUGGUUAGUCUUAGAACCAUACAUCACCCCUUCCUUAUUCAAAACCGCCAUAGCUAUAAGUGGGAAAAACGCAAGCACAGUACACCUCAAUUUAAACAACACUGAGGUAUCAUUGACAAUUGAUGAUACUCAUAAAAAUGUUUCUAUAGUAGACGAAUAUACUCUAUGUGAAAAGUUGGGUUAUGAAAACGCAAAGACAAUUUUGGCCCCACAUUAUGAAACUUGGAUUACUAAAGAUGAUUUCAAACAAAUUGCAGAAAGUGGAUUCAAUUUGGUUAGAAUACCUAUCGGCUAUUGGGCAUGGAAACUAAAUAAUUCAUUAUCAACCUAUCCAGGAAACAUUACUUACAAAGACCCUUAUGUUGGUGAAGCUCUACAAUUAUCAUACUUGGAAAAGGCUAUUGAUUGGGCUACUGAAUAUGGGUUAAAAGUUUGGGUUGAUUUACAUGGUUUACCAGGUUCCCAAAAUGGGUUUGAUAAUUCAGGUGAAAGAAUUUUAUUUGGCGAAUUAGGCUGGUUGGCAGAUACAAAGAGUAAAGCCUUGACAAUCAAGAUUUGGAAUGAAAUGUUUAAAAAAUACUUGAAUGGAAGUGAUACUGUUGUAGGGAUAGAAAUUGUUAAUGAACCAUUGGCACCUAAAAUUAAUUUGUGGGAUAUUACACAAUCUUAUUAUGAAGCUUUCGAUAUGUUUAAAGGUAUUCAACCAAAAGAUGAUAAUACCACUUUUGUAAUUCAUGAUGCUUUUCAAGGAGUAGGCCAUUGGAACUUGGAAUUGAAUCCACAAUAUAAAAAUGUUUCAAAUCAGUAUUAUAAUUUGACUGGUGUUUCUUAUUCAUCUCAGGAUGUACUGGUAGAUCAUCAUCAUUAUGAAGUCUUCACUGACUACCAGUUACUAGAAAACCAAUACGAACGUAUCAUGAAUAUUAUCAAUUAUGGCCAAUCUAUUAACAAGGAACUAGAAUACCAUCCUGCUGUUGUAGGUGAAUGGUCUGGUGCCAUUACUGAUUGCGCAAAAUGGUUAAAUGGCCUUGGUAUUGGUGCUAGGUACGAUGGUUCAUAUUAUAAAAAUAGCUUAUUUACCACUACAGAUGAUAUGCAUGGUGUAUGUCAAUCUCAGAAGGAGAUCAGCCAAUGGAGUAAGGAUUAUCGUAUCUCAGUUAGACAAUUCAUAGAAGCCCAAUUGGCUACGUAUGAAUCGUUGACUCAAGGUUGGAUAUUUUGGAAUUGGAAGACUGAAAAUGCACCAGAAUGGGAUUUCCUUAAAUUAAAGGAGGCUGGAUUGUUCCCAUCACCGUUCAAUAAUUAUACAUACUUUAACUCAAAUGGUACAAUCGACCAGAAAUUCAGUAGUUCUUUAUCAAAGAGUGCAUACCAAUCCAGUACAAGUCGUUCGCAUUCCACAACUAAAGCCAAAAAUAUUGGUUCAUCCAUGAAAAAGAAUAUUUUUGGAAACAUCAAUACCCAACCAAAUAAUUUGCACAGUGGAUGGAAAUUUGGUCUAGCUACUUUAUUACUUAUUAUCUCAACAGUUUUAAUGCUUUUGUGA